AUGGCCUACCUGGACGAUGUCAUUGUGUUUUCUGAGACAUGGGAAGACCAUGUCCAACACCUAGCACUCGUCCUGGAGCGGCUGGCCACUCACCACUUAACGGUAGCUCCGCUCAAAUGCCACAUCGGCGCUUCAGAAGUCGAGUUCCUGGGACACGUCGUGGACGCAGCGGGUAACCGCCCACAGCCCAGCCACCUGCAGAAAAUCGCAGAGGCCGAGGUUCCCCGGACCCGCAAGCAAUUGCAGCGGUUCAUCGGCCUCGUCAACUGGCUGAGGAGUUAUUCGCGGAAGGCUCGAAGACGAGAUGGGGAGGAACAACAGCAGCCCCGUGAGCCCACCACGGCAUUCCAAACACUAGCGCUCGACGUGAUGGGCCCCUACCCACGAACUCCUAGAGGACACCGCUUCAUCCUCGUAGUAACUGACCUCUUUACAUGCUGGACGGAGGCCUACCCAUGUCGGAACGUGCGGGCGGCCACGAUCACCAAGAUCUUGAGCACAGAGUUCCUGCCACGCUGGGGCUACCCACAGACCAUGCCCAGUGGGACCAACACCUCACAGACGCACUCUUUUGUGUCCGGCGCCGGACGAACGCCGCCACCGGUAUGA